AAUACCAGGCAGAAACAUUAAUUUUUGUUAUAUUUUGAAAUUAGUUAUCUUAAUUACUCACUGUCUGAAUUAGGAAGUAAUUCACUGGUUAAGUCACUGAUCUUGGUCUGCUUCUGACUGUCGUUAUCGUCCUCACUGUCACUCAGAAUUUCGUGACGUUUCCGCUUUAAAUUUAAUUGUUGAACCUAAAUAUAUUUGCGAAAAUUAUUUAUAUUUGUAAGUCACAAGAAACUAUAAAAUUGACACUGUACAGGCCAAUCAAACACGUGAUAUUACCUUCACAUUUAAUGUAUGCUGUUUAUUAUAAGAUAACUUCUGCCUUUUAGAUAUUUUCGAAAAAGUAGCUUGAAAAGUAUUCAUCUUGCUAAAUACUUGAUGAUUACUUUUAAACAAAACCAGAUGAAUGAGAAACGGAAUUGAGAUUUUUUAACCGCUGGUUUUAAACUGAGCCGCACUGGCAGAGCACUUCGUCACUGUUUCUUACUAAACCUCUCUGCCCAAGUUUAAUUUAAAUUAAUAAACUUUAAAAACCAAACUUAGCUGUCUUAGCAAGACUUUUAAAUUAACUUAAAGUGGACGAAUAAUGUCGCAUGUUGUCGUGCACUGGGAAAAGGAGAAAUCCUAUUCAUGCGUUAAAUUAAAAAAAGUUAUUAAGGGAGACUGCGGUGUGGACGAUCUGCUUGAUAAGUCUUUCGACGUACAAUGGGGUGGGGACAAAGAGAAGGGGAAGAUAAUUGGAAUAGGUUCACGAAAAGACAUGAAAAUACUGGAAGGAGAAAAGGCACAAGAAGCUGCAGAUAUGUCAUUUUAUGAACAUAAUGGAGAAGAGGGAGUGGAAGAAGGUCCGCCACCGGAAGGACACUCCCAACUUGAUGGUGGGACUGAAAUUUUCGAAGCUGAAGUGCGAAACUCUGAUGAAGGAAAUUUUUCAGCUAGUCUCGUCCUUGCUCCUGGAUCAGGUUCUCGUGAGGUUGAGGUUAAUCACGGACGGCACGACGCGGACGUGAUUCAACUUCAAGAGCGCUUGAUUGAGAAGGACAAAGAAAUUGCAAUGCUCCAGGCAGAGAAUUUGUCGUUGAGAACUACAGUUAAGCAACUAAAACGUCUUAUAAAGAAAACCGGUGUUUCUAACGAGGAAUCCCAAGAUAGAGUCGAAUUGGCCCAUGGAAUAAGUUUGGACAAGUCCCUCGUUGAACUCACCCAGAUAAGCUAUUCCUCUCGUCCGUCACUAUUUUUUAGAAAAUUGCUGUUCGAAGGUGGAUUAUUCCAACUUGAAGAAAUCGCUGGUUCAUCCAUGACUGGUAAAUCCUCGCCACUUUUCCGACAUCUAACCCGGCCAGCAUUGGAUCCAGUACGAUUUGGAGUAUUGAAAGGUAAACAGCUACUACUUAAUGGUGUGUGUUAUGUAAUUAUGUUUAAUGUACUCUAAUUAUUU